UGUUUGAAAGUUCCAAUUGGUUUUGUCUGGGCUCACAUCGAUUCCAUGGCAGCAGCCAUUGUUGAAGGCCUUUUGUCGAAUCAAAUGGCGGUCCAGUAGUUGGGCUUUAAACGCCCAAAUCUUGUUUCCAAUUCCUCAUCCUUUGCAUAUUCUUCGAAUUAAUCGCUGUGGCCACCUAAUUCCUUCUCAGAAUUCCCCGGAUUCAACAAAUAGAAUUGUACAUUUUUACAGUUAUGGAAAUUCUGAGAGCUGUUAAAGCCCCAAAAUCAGGAGUCCCGUUGACGGAUAAUCGAUACAGUUAUAUUGAUCGAACGAGAAAACCCCCCAGUUUUCGUUGUCAAUUGAAUUUCAGUUCCCGACGUAGUUUCCAUCGCAUUGAAACUCGGAUAUUAGUAUUGCGCAGUAGCAGUUACGAUGAAGUCGGCCCGAUUGCCCAGCAGACUUCCGAGGAUAAUCCGAUUUCUGUGGACUUGGAGCCGAUUUCCAGUGAAUCUCAGUUCGAUCGAGUCGUAGCUGAGGCGCAACAGCUCGAAGAAUCAGUAAUCAUUUUGUGGAUGGCAAGCUGGUGCCGUAAGUGUAUAUAUUUGAAGCCGAAGCUGGAAAAAUUAGCUGCAGAUUACUAUCCCAGUGUAAGGUUUUUCUCCGUUGAUGUCAAUAAUGUUCCCCAUAAACUUGUUGUUCGUGCUGGGGUCACUAAGAUGCCGACAAUACAGCUUUGGAAGGAUGGUAAGAAACAGGCAGAGGUGAUCGGAGGCCACAAAGCACAUUUCGUGGUGAAUGAAGUUCGAGAAAUGAUCGAUAAUGAAGAUGGCAUGUAAUUACCAUUUCUGUUUCCCCAACAAUACUCAGAAAAGUCGAUGACCGCAGAGCCGUGGACAUUCUACGCUCGAACAAAACAACUUGUUGUGCCUCUCGUCGUUCUACAGCUACACAGCAGCCGAUUUUCGGCGUCGUUGAGCUAAGGAUUUUGGUAAUUUUUAUUUUUAUUUUUGUUUUAUUUUUGUUUUAUUUUUACUGUAAUUGUUACUAAUUUUUACAUGGAAAAAAGAGCAAGGGAUUGUCAAUAACAGGGGAGGAAUAGAUCUUGGUUAGUGAGUAUUGUAUGUUUAGACUUCAGGGAGAUUCACAAUUCUGUUAGGAAAUUUUCAAAAAAUGAAUUAUCAGUCUACAUACUCA